UCGCCUUUCGUCAGCUGAGCGAGACCGGAUCGGGCAUUGGAUAUCAACGGUUGGUCCGCUUUCCCCGGGUUUUUACAUCAUCUUUGGGUAUUUGACAGGAAACAUGGUUCUGCUGACGUGUGACUGUUUAAAUGUGAAGAUUGAUGUGGGAGAGACAGAUCUGAACUCCAGUUGUCCAGAUAUUCCAUCAGGUUAUGAAGACUGUGAUUUCUUCCGCUCAGAUUUAAUGGAGGCAAAGAUAUCUCCGUCUGCCAUCCACCAGGAGCAUUCUUAUCUCGUCCAUAAAGCCCAGGUAAAAGACUGGUUGGUUCACAGAUGUGUGAAUUGUGGGUUGUAUACCCAUGCCGUCCCAUCACUGCCUAGUCGGAAAGGUGUUCUUGUCUCCAAAACACUACUGAGUGACCCUGAUGCCCAGGAAAGGUUGACUAGGUCCUCGGAUUACUCCCCCUUAUUCAGAGUGGUCCUUCGGGGGCAGGACCCAAAUAUGUCUCCCUCUCUUCCAGUCACAGGAGAUUCCAACAGUGCGUUUCAUUCACUGCAGUCUUGCAUAUCCCAUAUCCAGCAGGAUUUGAACACCUUCCUGUUGCAGGAGGAGGCCCAAAUGGAAGAGCGGGUUCGAGUCUAUCAAGAUGAGCAAAGAGAUAUUUUCUCAGAACUUGAAGAGAGAGUGAAAAAUGACAAGAAGAAGAUGAUCAGCAUUCUCUUUAAUAAUAUGCAGACAUCAUCAGAAGAGUCUACUGUCUCUAUGAAUGGCAACAGACCAGUAUUGCGCCCGACAAAAUCUGUACCCAUGGCAUCAUCAACAAACAGUUCUCGCCAUAAGGGCCCAGACCGGAGAUCUGAAAAUGCAGCGAGUCGACCACGAUCUCUGCGACCGUACGACCACAGUCCAGACAGUGAACCUAUGUUCAUGUUGGAUGAUGAUGAUGAUGAUGAUGAAGAUACUCCUUUCUCUAUCUCAGACGAAGAAGAUACUGAUGAUAGCAUACAGAUGGAUGAUGCCAGGCGCUCCUCCUCCUCCUCCGGAAACCUCAACUCUGUUUUCUCCACAUCAGUGCCAAUCUCUGUGCCUGUGUGGAAACCCCGAUCUCCUCGCAGGACGGACCUGGAUGAUAAAGAUAUUCGAGCUCCGGCCCCAGAUCAGAUGGCUGCCAGUAUGCAGGCUUUGGCGCGAAGUGUUCACAACAACGACGUCACCAACUUAUUUGGAGAGCUUCCAAGGCCUCGACUCAGUACAUUCUCAGGAGUUCUCCAUGCUUCACGGAAGUGAAAUGCACAAGAGGCUGUCAGAGGAGAAAAUACAUGUGUGAUGACCUUGAUCAGCUGAUCAUUCAUGAACAAUGAACUGUGAGCUUUGCUGAGUUCUACGUGGGCAUUAUAUCAUCAGGUAUGGGAGAUAACCUGAGAAUUGCAUUUGGUGGUAAGAAUCCUUACUCACUGGUGGUCAGUAGGGCGAAAUCUCCGGUAGAGUCGCUAGGACAUAACUACUACAGUGAGGCUAGUUUGGAAGGCUGUGCGAGUCUAUAGUCAGUGGUACUGUCUCUGCUACAGCUAGACAUGUCCUCAUUACAAUAUUAAGGCAAUGAUUGUCAUACAUUGUACAUAGUCAUCAUGUCCAAAGGUGCUAAAGUGAGUUGAAAAGAGAGUGUGUAUACAGCUACCCUGCUUUGUUUUAUGUCAACACUUUCAGUUCCUGUCAUAUCGCUUUGUCAUGUCACAUCUACUUUGUGUAGCCUCCUGUCUGUUUUCUGUGACAUUAAAUUGUCCUUAAUUUUUAUUAUUUUUUUUUUUCACCAUGUUUUCAACUACAACUGGCAACCUUCUUUGUUGUGAAGUGAAAUUUUUAAUCUUUAUACCAUCUAAAAAAAGGACAGACACUGGCCAGUGAAAUUCGUAUUGAAUGAUGUUUGAAAUACUGGGUAUGUGGAAAUAAGUGUGCUACAUGUAAUUAGAACUUUUUUAGUGGAGCGCCAGUAUAAUUGUGUUUCGACGUCUUACAUUUUUUUACCACCACAAAACAUGGGGUUUUCACCAUGUGGCCGGUUUGACACCACAACAUAGGUCAUCUCAAUGGAACAUUGUAUCUAUGUUUACAGAUUUUGUACUUAAUUUGAUCUUAAGCUAGUUCAUGUUAACUGGCUGAAGAAGUUGAUAAGAAUGCUAAGGUUUAUGGUUGCAAAUGAAUGGAUUGUUGGUGUAAAACAUACAAGUAGUGGAACACAUGACAUUGUAUGUUGAAUACGUGGCAUAUGGUUGACUUUCCUCACAGCUAUACUAGCUGUUAUAUGAUACAUGUACAUGUCUUCGAAUAAUCUCAUGAUAGGAUGGAAAAUUUUACACUUUGUGAUAUUUGCUGUAUAUGUGCUAUGUUCUCAAUGAAUCUGCGAAUGUUUAGGAUGAGAGUGCGCAUAGAUAAUGUUGGAUGAUUAUACAGUGCUGUGUGCCAGAUGUGGUAGAAUGUGGACGUUCCUGGCUUUCCCUGAAGAUUAAUGGUGUGCCAUAUUGUGUGCCAUUCACAAGCAGUGACGACCUUUAUAGCUGUUUGUCACAGGCUUUAGUCUUCAGACACCUUUGGAAUACUGCCCACAUUGUUGUCUGAGUCAGAAAUACAUUUUUAUAGCAGUCCAGUUACUUGUGGACUAUUAUGUUCUGCUGUAUAAAAGACGUUUUGCCCUUGAAAUAGUUUACAUGUACAUAAUUUUGUUGAAAGAAAUGUGUGUUGAAAUGACAGGCUGAUAGACUGCCAAGUGAAAACGGUUUCCCAAGAGUAACGCACAAAAAAGCAGUGAAAGUAUCAGUUUGUACCGCUCAGUGCUAAAGCGAAAGUGUACAUGUCAUUGUAUUUCUCUUGUUUAAUAAAUUUUUCACACC